GGUGACACCUAAUGGAAGCUCUUCAGUCGACUGCACAUGAAACUUUGAAAGCCAUAAUUUUUGAUGUUAUGUUAAUAUAACAUGGAACCUCCUUGGCUAUUGUAAUACCAUCAUGAUCAUUUUGAGAAAAAGGUGUUUUUAUGUUAUCUAUCCUAUUUUUAUGACAUCCCUUACUUACUUACUUAUCUUCGUCCUUGGAGACAUGGUUGAGUUUCAUGUCAUUUUUUGCCAUGUCUGUUUUUGAGCAAGCUCAACCAUUGAAAAGCUGUCACUUGAUUUUGCAAUCAAAAGCUGGUCGACUGUUCUUAUAACCUUGGUUAGAAAUAGAACAUCCUGGGAGAGAGAUUUCUUCUGCCACCAUGCAUCAGUAGCUGUUGCCAGCAGAUGACUGAUUGGACCAGAGUCUGCCAGACCGAGACCAACAAAUUUACCGGUAACCCACUCACAGAAACACCAUCAUGGUUGUGCGUCCGCUGAGAAAGCCGAAGAUCGUGAAGAAGCGGGUGAAGAAAUUCAUCCGCCAUCAGAGCGACAGAUAUGACAAACUAAAGCAAAACUGGCGUAAGCCCAAGGGUAUCGACAACCGUGUGCGUAGGCGCUUCAAGGGCCAGUACCUCAUGCCCAACAUCGGUUAUGGGAGUGCCAAGAAGACAAAGCACCUUCUGCCCUCCGGCUUCAAGAAAUUCCUCGUUCACAAUGUCACCGACCUGGAGGUCUUGUUGAUGCAGAACCGAACCUUCUGUGCCGAGAUCGCUCACAACGUGUCAUCACGCAAGAGGAAACUCAUCGUGGAGCGCGCCCAGCAGCUGGCCAUCAAGGUCACCAACCCCAACGCUCGCCUCCGCUCCGAGGAGAACGAGUAGAGUCAGCUGUCCAUGUGUCUAGAGAAUUAAAAAAAUUGAUAUGCCCCA